AUUGGUUCUCCCCCGACAAAUUGUAACCAAAGAACUAUCGUUGAUAGAUGCAGCACAGUGGUGUAUUCUGUCAUGAUCAUGCAUUUUACUAAUUCUGUCUAUAAUGCAACUAUGAUUUAAGAAAACACGUUUUCCAAUUGUUUUGCUCUCAGCUUCGUGCGUAAACUUAUUUUUUUAAAGUCAAUCGAUGUGCACCGCUUGAGACCAGGUGGAAAACAUUCAGGGGUAAGAAAGGAGUGUGUGCUCGCCUAGCAAAAGCACGUAUUCAGUACCCUAAUUUUGCCUCCAGAUGAAGUGUUUUCAAAAAUAUGUUUUGAUUAAGGUUGCGUUGGUUUCUUGUGUUGCUCCUCGCACUUGGCAUCACUUCAGCCUUCAGCGUGAAAGACUGAUCCUAUUGCUGUAAAAAGGUUGGCCACUUGCCAAGACCUGGAACAAGUGCGACUCCCUUCCCUGCUGUUAGGCGUAUUCAUAGUUAGGGGUUUGGCUGAUUUUAAAAAGGCAAGCCUGGCCUGAAGUUGAUCAGUCUGCUCAGGAAACUUCUCCGCAGGGGAAAGUAUUGGAAUCGGUUUCAAAGGGGGAAAGGUCCAGGUUUUGUGCAAAGAAUUGCAUUCCACCGAGAGAGGACAUCACUUCUCAAUUAAGAAAAACAUUGCAUCCCGAAGUAUAGUCUUUUCGUGAUAUUUUGACUUGUUCUGUGAAUACUUUUUAUUUGUAAAUAUAACCUAUAUUUUUUUCAGUUUAUUUCAACUGAAGUGCAGAAAUCACUAUAUCCAUUUGGACGCGGACAGGUUUUUUGCUUUAUAAAUCGGAUCAUUUAACCCACGGGCAUUGUCUGUCAAUUCGAUUCACAUUUGGGGUUUAACAAUUGCGAGACGAAUAUGUUUCUCAGUUUUUGUCUACUGGUGACAUUUUUAUUGGGGCUGUCUGGGUGCUUGGGCUCAUAUGUGCCCUGCGAGCCGUGCGACCAGAAGGCGCUCUCGAUGUGCCCCCCAGUCCCCGUCGGUUGUCAACUCGUGAAGGAACCGGGCUGCGGUUGCUGCCUAACCUGCGCCCUAUCGGAAGGUCAGGCGUGCGGCGUUUACACCGGAACAUGCACCCAUGGCUUGCGCUGCUUGCCGAGAAAUGGAGAAGAGAAGCCCCUUCACGCGCUUCUCCAUGGCAGGGGAGUGUGCACAAACGAGAAAGGAUACAAACCCCUCCAACCACCGAUAGAUCAUGAGUCUCGAGAACACGAGGACACCCUGACGACCGAGAUAAUGGAGGACCAACUGCAGCCUGCUAAAGUGCCGCUCCUCCCCAAGCAGGACCUCAUCAACAGCAAGAAGAUCCAGGCCAUGCGCAAGGACAAGGACCGCAAGCGGGCGCAGGCCAAACUGCUCCUCAUUGGGCCCAUGGACUACUCCCCACUCCCCAUUGACAAGCACGAGCCAGAGUUUGGUCCUUGCAGGAGGAAGCUGGAUGGGAUCAUCCAGGGAAUGAAGGACACAUCCCGUGUCAUGGCCCUGUCCCUGUACCUCCCCAACUGUGACAGAAAGGGCUUCUUCAAGCGCAAACAGUGCAAACCCUCUCGCGGCAGGAAACGGGGCAUUUGCUGGUGCGUGGACAAGUACGGCGUGCAGCUGCCCGGCACAGACUACAGUGGGGGAGACAUCCAGUGCAAGGACCUAGAGAGCAGCAGCAUCAACAAUGAGUGAAUAGGCUGCUCCACCCCCGUCCCGAUCACCGGACCCAGGGCCCUGCCUCCUCCUUUCCCUCCUGCCUGUCUGCUCCGCCCUCUUUUUGAGAUUUUCAAUACGAAAAAAAUAAAACAUCAAAUGAACGAAAGGACAGGCUUGAAUUAAGGACACCUGAAAUCUUUUUUUUUUUUUUUGUGACUGUGUGCUCAUCUCUUAAUAGACGGAAACCAGCAGGUUUUAAGCCCUUGUUUGACCCUCGGGCCCCUCCCCCACUAAGAACUUGUGCCCCUCCCCCACUAAGAGCUGGGAACCACACUAAUGAUUCAUGAAAAUAUAUACUUGUGUUGAUAUAUUUUUAUAGAAGCUGGGGUGUAAGCACCAAACUUUGUAUCAUGUAAAGCUAACAUAAAAGUGAUGAAAAAAACGAAAAUAAGGCAUGCUGAUUAUAAACAGGACUGUUUUGAUCUUUCACAUCUAUUGCUAUUGAGGUGUCAGAGGAGAUAGUUGGACCUUCUAUUGGCAGAGGUAUUUGUUUUUUUGUUUGGUUGCUUUCCAAAAAAGAAAAAAGAAACAUGUGAUAUGGUCUUUCUGAUACAGUUGACUCUAUCUGGGUAUUUGGUUCUGUCAGAGCACUUAUGAAUAGGGGAACCUGCUUGGAUAUGUGUAACUUCACUAAGUUUGUGUGGGCGUGCAUGUAUGUGUGUUUGAGUGUGUGUGUGAGAGAGAGGGGAGUGAGCCUUUAACACAAGAAUGUCAUUUUUUUGGUCUUGUCACAACAACAACAUGACAAGCAUUAUUGCUGGUGCUUGAAGUAGUCUUGAGGAUGGCUUUCUCCCACUAGCCUAUGAAACCUAUGUAUCUGGGAAAAUUGAGAGUGUUUGACAUAAUAAGCAGGUCAUUACAGACGAACCUAUGUAAGUGACUCUUUGAAUCUGUAGCUAGCCUGAUAUGCCAACUGUGCCUAUUGUUAACAGACACUGCCAUAUAGGGUAACACAGAACUUAAUGGAGAACACUGCCCCUACUGGUGAAGGGAAUACUGCCACAAAGUGCCCAUUCUCAUCUGAUCAGAACUGUGCUCAGCAAGACUCCAUUGGUCCAACUACCAGGACUUAAAGAAUAUUGGAAUGUGGCUGAACAAUCAUGCAGUCCCCCAAUAACUAACAGCAGUAAUGUGUUUUAUUGCUAAAGUAUGGACAACAAUUUGGAGAACGAGGAAAAAAAGCAUGUUGCAGACUUGCAUUCCCCAGUGAGGCUAGCUGUUUUCUCUUUGUGUCUCAGUUGCUCGAGGGUGUAGUCUUGUAUGGUUUUGUUUGUACUGUUUUCUUUGCCUUCAGUGAAGUAACAACCGCCCACUUUUGAGCCAUGUUCCUUAACCAAGUGGUCCCCUAACACUGCUAUGGUGUAACCUUGGUGUAUUACUUUUAACUAUAGAUUAAUGAAUGUUCUUUUUUAAAACAAACAACUACAAUGUACUGGUGCUUGGAAAAGGACGUGUUUAAUUUAGCCUGUAAACAAUUUGAAUAGUUCCAUGACGCCAUCCUUAUUUGAAUAUAAGACUAUAUCCCAGCUAUAUCCUCCCCCCUUUGCUUGCAUGUCGCACCCCAAAAUUGGUCCCUCCUUCUCGACAACUUGUUUUUCAAUACAACACAACAUUACUUGCAUUGGAAAUGGUGAGCAGUUAUCCUUCCGCUGAAGGGGGCAUCAUUGAACACUACCUACAGGGUCAGUUGAAAGAGUAGUUUUAUGUCUGUCUGUGUGCAAGUCACAGUGCCUUCCUACAUGCAAAUCCACAUUUGAAUAGUGACGCGAAUGCAACGUGGUAGCUGUCUAAGGGACGGAAACCCUGCUCAUGCUGAGAGGCCCCAGGGCAGUACUUCUUGGUCUAGUAUAGACAAAGGGUAACUCUAUAGGACGUGACAUAGCUCUUGUAAUCGUGUCACAAACACAUUAUGAAUCCAUUGCCAAUCCCUCUCUGUGGGCAAGGCAGACCAGAGUACCCCUUCUAUAUCUUAUUUUCAAAAGCACUGAUAAGCUACAACACUGCUUUCAAAGUUGACUGCCAAUGUAUUCGAUUGCCAGAAAAUAUAAGCCAAGUGAUAUUAGAAUUACGAGUUGGGCACACAGACUAGCAAACUGCUGCUGCUUCUCUCUUCCAGUAGU